GCCAAACAGUGUCCAAACAGUGCCAAACAGUGUCUAAACAGUGUUUUCUACAGUAAAGUCAAUUUAUUUCCUUAAUAACUGUGAAGUCAAACCGUGACUUUCUUUUAGAAACGGAGGGAGUAUUUGUUUUGGAUUAAAAUAUUACGUUUGCUAGUAUGUUUACAUCACUAUUAUUUAUUAGGGAUAAAAUGUCCCGAAUUAAAUAAUGUGGAGCGAUGCUCUAGUGAUAAUUAUUUUCACCGUCAUUUUAAUUAAUGAUGGGUUGUUGUGGACUCGUCGGCCCGCUCCUGAUCGGCUUUGAUUAGCGAACGGAGUAUACUUGAAUGGCCUUUGAUAGGAAAGUAUCAUUGCUAUUACCGGUUGUGUCACUAUUAUUUAUUAGGGAUAAAAUGUCCCGAAUUAAAUAAUGUUGAGCGAGGCUCAAGUGAUGGUUAGUUCAGCUAACAUUUUAUUAAGUAUUUAAUUUCUUGUGGCCCCGAUGGCCCACUCUCGGUCAGCUUGAUUAGCGAUCUGAGCGUCUCCAGAGGGUAGUGCCCCGAUGACGCGUUUUAAUUUGGGGGGUUACGCAUUAGUCCGCACGACACCGAGUGCUCGAGCGACAAUCGUACCCUAGUACCAUUUACGCCAUUAGGCGCGAAGUGACUGUGCCAAACGCGGCCUGUGGGGCCCGAAGGCACCAAAGCGCUCAACCUCCUUUUUCCGAGGGCAGUGCGACCAACUUGGGUCUGAGUUGAAAACUCACAGACCGGUGAAUAUUUCUAUGUGACGUUCGGUGGGCUGCUAGUUGGCCCCGCCGCGAGCUGCUACGUCCAUUAACCCCGCACGAUGAGCCAGGCCGAGGGUCACGGUAACCCAUAGGCCGGUAAUCGUGGGUGUUAGAAAGAAAGCCAUGCAGAUGGUUAUGUGUGUAUACAUAUUGUCGGGCCGUGCGGCCCGUUACCAUGCUUAUUGCGCAGCUGAAGCCGCUCGACGCGCUCGAGCGAAAUGAUUAAAAGACGAUCGGCCUAAGUCUCAAAGACGUUCAGGGCCAGUUAAAGUGGAGACCAUCACGGCUGAGAGCCGAUGGACGAGCAUCUCCACCCAGAGGCCGAGGGCCUAGAGGAGACCACCACGGUUGAGAACCGUGGGACGAACAUCUCCACCCCAGAAACCGAUGGCCUAGGAAGAACACCCAGAGGUCGAGGGUCUAGAGGCGAAUGCCAUGACAGAGAACCGUGAGACGAUCACCCGUCAUUCGGAGGUCGAGGGCCUAGAAGAGAUCGUCAUGGCCGAGGGCCGUCUGACGCCAUCAUACCAUGACCGGCCCCUCGGCACGGCAUGAUUAUCAUAUUUGAAGACCGGUUUCAUCCCCGCUCCUCGCGGAGGACGGCCGUUGCUUGUUUUCUCAGAUCGGCCUCUCAUGGCCGACACCAUUAUAUCGCGACCCGGCCUCCCGGCUCGGCGUGCUUUCUAUAUUUGAAGACCGGCCUCAUCCCCGCACUGCGCGGAUGAGGACCGUGGCUUGGAUUUCAGGUCGGCCUAUCAUUGCCGACAUCAUUACAUCAUGACCGGCCUCUUGGCACGACGUCUUAUCUUUUGAAGACCAGACUCAUCCCUGCUCCUCGCGGAUGAGGACCGUUGCUUGGUUCUUUCUGAUCGGCCCCCAGGCCGACACUCUUACAUGGCCACCGCCCCCUUGGUACGGUGCCAUUAUCUUUUGAAGACCGGCCUCAUCCUUGCUCCUCGUCGAUGAGGACCGUUGCUUGCUAUCUCAGAUCGGCCUCACAUUGCCGAUAUCGUUAUAUCACGACCAGCCUCCUGGCUUGGCGUGUUUUCCACAUUUGAAGACCGGACUCAUCCCCGCUCCUCGCGGAUGAGGGCCGUUGCUUGAUUCUUUCAGGUCGGCCUCUCAUUGCCGACACUGUCACAUCAUGUUCGGCCUCUCAUCGCCGACAUCAUCAUACCACGACCGGCCUCUCGGCUUGGCGUGCUUAUCUUUUGAAGACCGGCCUCGUCCCCGCCACCUCGCGGACGAGGACCGUUGUUUGAUUCUUUCAGGUCGGCCUCUCACUGCCGACACUAUCAUGUUAUGUUCGGCCUCUCGGCACGACAUGUUUAUCUUUUGAAGACCGGUUUCAUCCCCGCGCUGCGUUGGAUGAGAGCCGUUGCUCGGAUAUAUCGGCCUGACCGGACACUAUUGCCAUCUCCAUUAUCAGGACCGACUGCUCAGCGACAUUAUGAUCAUUGUAUAUCGGCUCCCAAUGCCGACCUUCUUGAGUUAGCGAUCGGGCUCACCCCUCCCUUCAGGAGGGUGACCAUCGCCUUCGCAUGGCGACAAGCAUUUCCAUCGCCUCGUCAUUCUAUUCAUUUUGAUAUCCCACCACCAUCAUGUGUGACAUCACUUGUGGUUAUUCUUGGAACCGACGAAUGUAUUUUCCUCCCUCAAAAAAAAAAAAGAAAAAAAAAAGAAAGAGAAAAGAUGGGGAGAAGGGGAGAGAGAAGCUCCUAUGAGAGAGGGAGUCUUGACGAGGUAUGCCUGAUCUUCCUUCGCCGCGUAUGACGAACGUCUCCCGACGCGGAGGUUAGUAGGAACGUGGGGGAGGCUAGACGUACCAAAGGGAACUUCGGCAGGAUAAACCAGUUCCUCCCAUUUCCCGUGGAUCGAUGAACACCUUCUGCCAAAGCAGAAGGCUAGUAGGGCCACGAGCAUGGGACGACGAAGCAGGGAACCCGCGAUAGGGUAAACCAGUUCCUCCUUGCGAUCGGUGAAUGACCGAACGUCUUCUUCGAGGGAAGAAGGUUAGUAGGAUCACGACAGGGACGAAUGAAGAAACGGGAACCCUGACAGGGUGUACCGGUUCCUCCCCCUUAUGGACGGAUGACGAACGUGUUCUGCGAAGCCAGAAGACUAGUAACUCACGACUGGGGACGAACAGAGAUAGGGAAUCCCGACGUGGAUAAACAUGUUUCUUCUCAUAGUUGGGAUGGCGAACGUCUCCUGCGAAACCAGGAGACCAGUACUCACGAGACUUGGGAAGAACGAAGAACCAGUUCUUUACCGGAGUCUGUUGCGUGCCGAGUGUACACCGCUUAGCGGUCCAUACAUAGGACCACGGAUACGGUAGAUGAACGAAGACCAGCUCCAUGGAUCAGACACGAGGGACCAGUUCUCCACCGGAGUCUGUUGCGUGCCGAGUGUACACCGCUUAGCGGUCCGUCCAUAGGACCACAGAUACGGUAGACGAACGACGAUCAGCUCCCCAGAUCAGAUAGGAGGGACAUCACCCAGAUUUAUUUCAGGCUCACCAUUCCUUCCCGGAUGGAGUCCUGGCAGAUGAUCGGCUUCUCACAGCCAAUCAGGAGAGAGACUUGACACAUCACCAGCACGGCCGAGGGCCGUGAGACGAUUAUCGCUCACCGACAGGCCGAGGGCCAUGAGAUGAUCGUCACUAUUUUUCUGUAUCACGAUCAACCACUCAGCGCCAUCGUAUCCAGAUUCACGGUUCGGCUCGUCCAUUCCCUCCAGGAUGGCGACGACCGUCUUAUGCAGUACGAUCGGCCCCUCAGCGCCAUCGUACCCAGCUCACGUUCAGCUCGUCCAUUCCCUCCAGGAUGGCGACGAACGUCUUAUGCAUCACGAUCGGCCCCUCAGCGCCAUCGUGUCCAGAUUCACGGUUCGGCUCGUCCAUUUCCUCCAGGAUGGCGACGACCGUCUUAUGCAGUACGAUCGGCCCCUCAGCGCCAUCGUACCCAGCUCACGUUCAGCUCGUCCAUUCCCUCCAGGAUGGCGACGAACGUCUUAUGCAUCACAAUCGGCCCCUCAGCGCCAUCGUGUCCAGAUUCACGGUUCGGCUCGUCCAUUCCCUCCAGGAUGGCGACGACCGUCUUAUGCAGUACGAUCGGCCCCUCAGCGCCAUCGUACCCAGCUCACCUUCAGCUCGUCCAUUCCCUCCAGGAUGGCGACGAACGUCUUAUGCAUCACGAUCGGCCCCUCAGCGCCAUCGUGUCCAGAUUCACGGUUCGGCUCGUCCAUUCCCUCCAGGAUGGCGACGAUCGUCUUAUGCAGUACGAUCGGCCCCUCAGCGCCAUCGUACCCAGC